AUGACAAAAUGUCAUGAUCAGAAUAGUGCUCUUGAAGGUCCUAAUGUUGAUAUACUUGAAUUAGAGAACCAAAUAGUAGAGGGAUUGGUACAGAAGCUGAUCUCUGAAUUCAGCUCUGCAUCUACAUCUUUGAAUGAAGAGAAGCAAUAA